AUGGCUUUGAAUACGAACAAUGACCUUUUGAUGUGCAAAUGCUUCCCUGUAAGCUUGUCAGGGCCAGCCCUCAACUGGUUCAAGAAUCUGACUCAAGGUUCAAUUCCUAGCUUCCAAGACUUGUGUGAUAAGUUUAUCAGCCAAUACUAUGGAAAUAAACGCCCGGCUAAAGAUGUGUCAAGCCUGUUUACAAUGAAGCAGCACGAAGAUGAACGACUCCAGGCUUUUCUUACCAGGUUUAACCUUGUUAAGAGUAUGGUUAUGGAGUGUCAUCCAUCAACAGCAAUUCAAGUGUUCAAGUUAGCAAUGAACCGAGGGACACCAUUCCACAUAAGUCUGGUGGUGAAUACGCCGAAGACCAUGGAUGAGCUGAAUGAGAGAGCCGACGGUUUCGUGCGUCUGGAAGAAGAAGAAGCAGCUAAUGCAAGGAAGACAUCUAUUAUCUCCACAGAGGAAAAGUCCAAAGCCAAGAUUCGGCAAAAGCAAGCUCCACAGCGUCAGACCUCUUGGAAGGCAGAGAAGAGGCCCCGAGAGGAGGAGUCGUUUACUCCACUCAAAAUCACUCUAGCAAGGUUGUACCAAGAAAACAAAGAUAAGUUCCGUCCCCCUUUACCAAUCAGACAACCUCUCGAAUAG